AUGGAUCCACCAACACAGCCUAAAGAGGCAUCUGAGGUUUCAGAAGCUGCUGCUCAGCCAGGCACGCCCACUGUGGCUGCAAUUGAACCGCAAGUUGCUCCACCGCCAAAGGAAGAGGCCCAGGUGAAAGAACCAACUGGAAACACAACACGCCUGAAGACCAAAGACGAAGGAUUGACGGCACUGGAACUUAAACAGAAGGCUGCAAAUGUGAAAGUGCACCCUAGACUUAAGCCUACGCCGUUUGACUCGGACAAUUUCGACGUGGAACCGAUAAUCACUCAGGACUAUUCACACCAGGGAAGUACGUAUGUUCAGUAUGACGACCUUCCAUUGAACAAACGUGGGUUCAAGUAUAAACCGUGCAGACCGAACCAGGCGUUUCUGUCGAACUUGUAUUCUACCACAGAUUAUGCUCCUCACAAGGUUAGGGUGAGUUACUUUGACCGUUCUUCAGGUAUAGCGUGCAGUGAAGAUAUGAAUGGGGUUACUACUCAGCAUGGCUGGCUCUCUGCUAGAAGCAAUGUGGGUGUGAGAGAGGGAAAAUGGUACUUUGAGUUUGAGAUUGUGAAUGCUAAUAAUGAAACCGGCAAGAGCCAUGUGAGGGUGGGUGUGGCUAGGAAAGAGGCUGCUUUGGAAGCGCCUGUGGGCUUUGAUGGGUACGGAUACGGGCUUCGAGACUUGAACGGACAGAAAGUUACUCUCAGUCGACCCAAACCGUUUAUGGAGAACGAAGAAGGGUUCAAGUCUGGCGAUACGAUCGGGUUCCUUAUUGAACUACCUUCUUUGGAGCAACAAAGGAAGUAUAAUGAACAGUUCGCUAAGGACUUGCAUUCGACGAAAAGAAGGAAAAAGGCAGGUCAAUUGGCUGCUGACGAGGAAGAGAAGAAACUCAAUUUGCAUCUGAAUAUCGUCAGGGACCAGAUUCCCAUCAAGUAUAAAAAUGCCUUGUAUUUUGAGCAAUUCGAGUACACGCCAACAAAGCAAAUGGACCAUCUUCUUAAUCCAGUGACGGUGUUUGGAGAGAAAGCUUUCUUGGAAACCGUCGAUAAGCCUCCUACGUUACCCACGAUUCCACAAUCAAAGAUCACAGUGUUCAAAAACGGCCAGUCGCAUGGCACAAUGUUUGAAGAUCUAUAUUCUUUCCUACCACUUAAUGUUGAUAAUGACGCUGCUGCUUCCGAUGCUAACACCAAGCAGCAGCAAAACGCUGCAUAUAGAAACACAGACGAUGGCAGCCUCGGGUAUUAUCCUAUGAUGUCUGCUUUCCUGGACGGCGUGGUGAAACUCAACGCUGGUCCUGAGUUUAAGUUCCCUGUUCCAGAAGGGGGACGUCCGUUGUGUGAACGUUACCAGGAGAAUGUUGCUGAAGAAUGGUACUUUGACCUUCUUGACGAAGUCGAAGCAGAGUACUUGGACAGUUUUGAUUAG